CCUUGACACGACUCCCCCCACCAGCCAAAAUGCUGAACAUGUUCUUUGAAUCUACGACGAGAGGGUCAUAAGGUCUCCAGACCUCAUCGCAAUGUAAAAUGCGACGUUGUUGGAUCGGAAGUUAUAGACCCUAACCAGAUCUCAUCCCUUCAAAAUGCCCGUCUUUGCUCUCUUGAUCAUUUCCAAAGCAGGAUCUCUCAUAUACCACCGAACCUUCCCUGCCACUACUCCAGGCACCGCCAAUGCGACUCCUCAGACGCAGGGGACUUUAGGUCUCCCCGGCACCAGCAGCCUAACCACCAACGAUUAUUUAGUCCUCGCAGGGACAUUUCAUGGUGUUCAUGCCAUCACACGAUCUCUCACACCCAAGCUACCCGUCACCUCAUCCGCGAGUUCAACGGGCAAGAAUUGGACAUAUCCUGACCCGACGGUGGCGCCAUCUGGAAUCGAAUCUCUCGAAUCGAGUUUCUUUCGCCUCACUGUCUUCCAAACACUUAGUGGAACCAAAUUUCUCCUCUUCACCGACCCUAGUAUGCCCAACACAGAUGUAUUGAUGAAGGGCAUAUAUGAGCGAUAUGCAGAUUACGUCUGUAAGAAUCCAUUCUGGCAGAUGGAGAUGCCUAUUCGGAUUGAGGCCUGGGAUAGGAGUCUGACCCAGUGGUUGACGAGACGGUGAUUCGAAGCCAACCAGAGCGCACUUUUCACCAUGCCUAGGGUCAAGCUUUGGCUUUCAGAGUUGAGUGGUAUGAUGGCGACGGGGAACAUGAGCUCUCUCGUAUCGAUAUGGCAAUCGCCAUAACCAUGGAUACCGGCACAAACCUGCUAUCAUCCCAGAUGGGUUUCCGAAAUAGUUGUGAACACAGAUGGCCAACGUUGACGUAUCAACAAUCUGUCCACGCUCAGCUCUACAACAAGGUUCAUAGUGUGGUUUGGGGCGAACCGCGCUGAUCGACUUGGUCUCUUGAGCCCCAGAAGCAUUUCUAACCUUCAGAGGCACUCGAUCUGAAUUCACCACUCUUAUGUUUGAUAGGUUAGGUUAGAUUAUCAGUCAAAAGACAUGCAAUACUCGUAUCA